AAAUAACAUGGACUUGGUAGAACGACGUCUGAAACCGAUGUAAACGCAAAAAUAUUCAUUACAAUUGCCAACUGCAAGCAAUAUUGUAAUAAUGGUGAAGUUUAAAGGGUUCCCUUAGUAGGCGUGCCUAUAAAGAUAUGUCAGGCAAUUUUUUCAAAAGCCAGUACUUUCAUUCGCUCGCUAGAAAUCUGGGAGUAACUUCUCACGCGCAAGCAAACAAAUAAUUUCUUAUUCCCGUCUCAACAAACGGAUUAAAAUUUACUCAUGUGGCCCACACUUCGUAAUCCAAUUGGCAAGUUUAGCGGUCCGCUGAUGCGUUAUGGCAGUGGAUAUCCAGGCGGCUCUCCUGGGGCGAAUUUACCCUUUGGCUUGGAUAGUCCAAUGCGUUUCACACUGUUUUACCUAAUUGCGGGGGUCGUGGGCUUUGGGGCUCCGUUCCUAGUGAUUCGCCAUCAGAUGCUUCGUAAUGUAACCGAGGAUCCCAAGGAUUAGUAAUCCCAAAAUGACAGAACAAUCGUUAAUAAAUUAAUAAAAAUA